CCUAGGUCUCCGCGCCUCCUGUUCUGAGGGAUCCAGCGGGAAACAGGGACUGCUCGGGGAUAGAUUGAGCGGGUCUGGGCUCGCUCCCUAGAGGGCGGGGGCGGCGCAUGCGCGGUGGCCGCAGGCAGCGCCAUGGCGGGGGUGCUGAAGAAGACCACCGGCCUCGUGGGCCUGGCCGUGUGCGCGACCCCUCACGAGAGGCUGAGGAUAUUAUAUACCAAAAUUCUUGAUGCUCUUGAGCACAUCCCUCAAAAUGCAGCUUAUAGAAAGUAUACUGAACAGAUUACAAAUGAAAAACUGCAGAUGGUAAAAGAGGCUGAAAGUGAGUUGCAUCUGGCCAGGAAGAUGUUGCAGUGGAAGCCGUGGGAACCUUUAGUGGAAGAACCUCCUGCCAACCAGUGGAAAUGGCCAAUAUAAUCUGCUGUAUUUACCUCACAUUACUGUAAAAACACUUAAAUAAAUAUUUCUGUCAAAUAG